UAGGCAAAAGCAACCGGACAGUGCAUCAAGGUUGCACUGUCUCCCUGAUUGGUUCGCUAUAAUUUUCUUGACGGGUACACAUGAUUCUUUCUUUAGCGCCUCUCCUAUCCCUCAAAAAAGAAAAAAGUAAUGACUCCAUAACCUGACACAGUGCCUAGAGAAUAUGUUCUCCGGCCCAUCUCUCCCACUCAUAAACCAACCAGUCCCGGACCAAUUCAAUUUAAAACGCUUAAUUUCUCGCCACGGUCCACGCAGGGCAGCCAUGGCCAGUAGCCCGACGACUACUACGGCAUGCAACCGCGGUUUGCUGAUAGAUCUCGGCGCUAAACUGCACGCAUGCGCGUCGCGCUUGCGCAACCAAUUCUUUUUCUUCCCCGCCUCCACCGCUUCCUCGGUCUUGCUGUCCGCCCUCGCCUUGCUUGUAUGCGGCACUGCUUUCUCUCGAGUCGUCGUCUUCUUCCUGCCCCUGGUGGUCUCCACCACCAUCUGCUGCGCAGCGAUGUACCUGCUCGUCGCCUCGGAGUCGUCAGAGGGAGGAGCGGCGAAAGAGGUCGUGCUCCUCUGGGGCGACAGGGCGGAGGUCGGGCUCCUGGAGGUGUACGGCGGCGCGAACGCGAGCGCGUACGGCGACAGGCGCGACGUCCAGGUGGGCUGUUUCCUGCACCGCAGCCCCCCCAGCGGCGGUGGCGCAGGGUGGAAGAAACUCUGCGUCGACGAGAACGGCGAGGAGGUGGUGUUUGCCGGCAGGGUGGUGGUCGGCAGCAGCCUGCAGGACGGCGCGGCGCUCGAGGAGGAGCUGGUGUCUCUCCAGGUGGACAGGUUCGCCGAGGGCGUGUGGGAUCGCUACUUCGGCGGGAGCUCUGGGUGGAACUACGUGACCCCUGAGUCCGAGGAAAUGGACCGAAGCAUCGAGCAGCUAGCGUAAGUAAUUCUGCGUCAUGGCGUGUCAUGUCACAUGGGUUAACUAGAUGUACUCUGCCAGUCUGCCGUGCAUGUUGCCAAAUUUGACGGCACAGUUUUUGCUGCAAGCUAAUUUAAUUGGCUCCAAUAGUCGACGUUGGUAUACGUGACUAUGUACUGACUACUGAGUAUAACAUGGCAACCAAGUUAACCCAUUUCA